AUCAGGUAAAUAUUGCGGGCAGGUUGGCUUUCUUCCUUCCCAAGUGGAAGGAAAUUACCACAGACCCGGUAAUCCUGCAGGCCGUAGCCGGUUAUAGGUUACCAUUCACGCGCCAGCCACCUCGUCAACCCAACGAACCCAUAGUUUAUUUAUCUUCGAAAGAACAGGAACUUUGCGGACAGGAAAUCGACAGACUCUGUAAGACAGGGGCCAUCGAGCUAGCAUCCGACUGCGAGGACCAAUUCGUAUCCCCCUUCUUUGUGAGGGAAAAAUCCUCGGGAGGUUGGAGAUUUAUCCUGAACCUAAAAUCCCUUAACAAGUUUAUUCUCGCUCCUCACUUUAAAAUGGAGGAAUGGAAGACGGUGAUCCGUCUGAUCUCUCCGGGCGACUUUCUCGCGUCCAUUGACUUAGAAGAUGCAUACCUGCUCCUGUCCAUUCAUCCUGAGGACAGAAAAUAUUUACGUUUUCGCUUUCGCAAUCAGCUUUUCCAAUUCACAGCUCUGCCCUUUGGCCUCGCGUUGGCACCAUACAUUUUCACCAAACUUCUGAAACCCGUAGUACAUUCGUUCAGGGAGAGAGGAUUCCUCUCAGUCGUCUAUCUGGACGACUUCCUUCUUAUCGCACAAUCCUAUGGCCAAUGCAUAGCAAACGUCUCCACAACGUUUAGCCUCCUAUCAGCGCUAGGCUUUGUCAUUAACAAACGUAAGAGUGUACUCACACCAGCUAGAUCAUGCAGGUUCUUGGAAUUUACUUUUGACACACAGAGUUUCUCUGUCUCCAUCCCAUCGGAAAAACGGGUUAAGUUGUUACACAAGACACUCACGAUACUUAACCAAAGGACAUGUACGAUCCAACUUCUCGCGAGUUUUAUCGGCUCCCUAGUUUCGGUCUGCCCGGCCGUCAAAUAUGGUAUGCUAUAUACCAAACGGUUGGAGAGGGAGAAGUUUUUAGCCCUUUCUUAGUCAAACGACAAUUUCGCAGUCCGGAUGACCCUGCCACCUGAGAUCAAAGAGGAUCUGCUAUGGUGGAAGGCGAUUUUUUCUGACACUUCUCAGUGUAACAAUAUUCGAUCGGGACAGUUCGCGACUGAAAUCUUCACGGACGCAUCCCUAACCGGUUGGGGCGCUGUCUGUGGAGGGUCCCGAACUCAUGGGUUUUGGUCCACGGGCGACAAACAAAAUCACAUCAAUUAUUUGGAACUCUUGGCAGUCUUCCACGGCCUCAAAUGUUUCGCGUCUCACCUGCAUGGAUGUGACAUCCUGGUACGAGUAGACAAUUCCACCGCACUCUCUUACAUUAAUCGUAUGGGUUCCAUUAAGUUUCCCCAUUUAUCUGCCCUCGCUCGCGCGAUUUGGCGUUGGUGUGCAGACCGUGAAUUGUUUAUCUACGCGGCAUAUAUACCUUCGACUCUGAAUCUAGAGGCGGAUGCCGAAUCUCGUGUAAUUUCGGAAGACUCGGAAUGGACUCUUGAUCAAGGAUAUUUUAACAUAAUAGACUCCACCUUCGGUCCUUUUGACAUCGACCUAUUCGCUGCUUUAAUUAACGCGAAAUGCCCUCGCUUUGUCUCUUGGCUCCCUGACCCGAUGGCACACGCCGUGGACGCGUUCUCCUUAGACUGGAGUCAAUUUUACUUUUACGCAUUUCCUCCAUUUAUCCUUGUUCUGCGAGUGCUACGCAAGAUUAUCUCAGACGGGGCAGAGGGAAUCUUGGUCGUCCCACGGUGGCCGGCACAACCAUGGUUUCCUCUGUUUAAUCGGCUCCUUAUCGGUCAACCCAUUCACUUUGAACCUGACCCUCAAAUGUUAUCCUCUCCUUUCAGAGACUUUCAUCCGACGUGGACCAGGAUUUCCCUGGUGGCCGCGAGGUUAUCCGGCAGGCGUUCCUGAAGAAAGGAACACCGCCAACGGCUAUCGAGACGACGCUAGCUUCGAUCACGGAAUCCACAGUCAACCAGUACACCAAGCCACUUCGAUUAUGGUGGCAGUUCUGCAGGGAAAGGAACGUCUCUCUCCUGUCCCCACCGAUUCCGGCGGUCUUGGACUUCCUCUCUGCGUGCCUCGCGAGUACAGGGUCGUAUUCUACCCUGAACGCUUACCGCUCGGCUAUCUCCCUUAUUUCCGCAGACGAGGUGGGAUCACACCCGUUGGUUAAAAGAUUUUUUUAGAGGUGUCGCGGCGCUCAAACCACAAAGGCCGCGCUAUAACUUUACGUGGGACCCAUCCCCAGUCAUUGCCUAUCUGGCCACCUUGUAUCCUCACGAGAAUCUCCCUCUUGAGCUCAUUUCGAAAAAGUUGGUCACCCUACUUGCUCUCACGACUGCACAAAGAAUGCAGACUCUUGCAGCCAUUCAAUGCUCGAAUAUAUCGUUCUCGGAUUCAAUGAUCAUUAGAAUCCCAGCUCGUCUGAAAACUUCCGGGAUCGGGAGAUCUCAGCCCUUGCUCACUUUCAAACCCUUUUUAGAAAAACCAGAACUCUGUAUUCUCUCGUUAGUGAAACACUACCUCACGCUUACACGUGAGUCUCGCAGUCACGACUGUGAUGCGCUUUUCAUAAACCUUCGUAAGCUAUUUACUUCAGUUUCGUCUCAAACAUUAGGCCGGUGGGUCAAGGCGACGCUGGAGUUAGCGGGAAUAGACACCUCCAUAUUUUCGGCGCAUUCCACUCGCCAUGCGUCUACCUCUUUCGCCGCGAGCGCCGGUAUCAGUGUCGAGGAAAUCCGACGUACCGCAGGUUGGAGCAAAGCCUCUGACGUCUUUGCGCGUUUCUACAAACGACCGCUAAUUCCGGACUCCUCUUUCCAAGCCGUUAUUCUUAAUGUAUAACCCACUAUGCUUAUUAUAUCGCUCUCAUGUAUGAUCCUUGACAAUAACACGUUUUAAAAAAAAAA